AUGGUUCGUUACCGAAUGAGGAGCCCCAGUGAGCGUCCGCACCAGGGGCCUGGGCAAGAACAUGGACGUGAAGAGCAAGGGCAGGGGCAAGGGUUGAGCCCAGAGCGUGUGGAGGACUAUGGGAGGACACACAGGGGCCAACACCACCACAGACGUCGCUGCUCGCGUAGGAAGCUGUACCGAAUCCACAGGAGGCGCCGGUCAUGCAGGAGGCGGAGGAGACACUCCUGCCGUCACAGGAGACGGCAUCGCAGAGGCUGCAGAAGAUCACGCAGGAGGAGGAGAUGCAGGUGCAGGAGGUGUAGGAGGCACCACCACUAA